CUUCUUGCAAAUUUCUACCAUUGCCACUUCUUUUUCGUUCACUUGUUAAAAGAACUAUUUGUACCUGCAAUCUAAGGAUUCCACGAAGAUAACCGAGACCCAUUCAUUAACUCCAAGUCUCCAUCAAUCAAAGAUCUCACCUUUUACUCCUCAAUAUAUUUCGUACUCGUUUUUUGAAGCCCCUCACUUCUCCUCUGCGAUACAACCUUCCUCUAUUAUCAAAUCGAUUUUCCUCCAAACUCAUAGCAAAGAUGUCAGAGAUCACCCACCCCACUAUCAAGGAUGGCUGGUUCCGCGAAAUCUCCGAGAUGUGGCCUGGACAGGCAAUGACUCUCAAGGUCAAGAACGUCCUUCACCACGAGAAGAGCAAAUACCAAGAUGUUUUAAUCUUCGAAUCUACCGAUUAUGGCACCGUCUUGGUCCUCGACAACGUCAUCCAAUGCACUGAGCGCGAUGAGUUCUCAUACCAGGAGAUGAUCACCCACUUGGCCAUGAACUCCCACCCAAACCCAAAGAAGGUCUUGGUCAUUGGUGGAGGAGAUGGAGGUGUCUUGCGCGAGGUUGUCAAGCACGACUGUGUGGAGGAAGCCAUUCUCUGCGACAUCGAUGAGGCUGUCAUCCGUCUUUCCAAGAAAUAUCUCCCUGGAAUGGCUAUCAGCUACCAACAUCCUAAGGUCAAGACUCACAUCGGUGAUGGAUUCAAGUUUUUGGAUGAUUACAAGAACGAAUUUGAUGUUAUCAUCACCGAUUCCUCUGACCCAGAGGGACCUGCUGAAAGCUUGUUCCAAAAGCCAUACUUUGAGUUGCUAUUUGGUGCUCUUAAGGAGGGUGGCGUUAUUACCACACAAGGUUCCGAGAACCAAUGGCUCCACCUGCCAUUGAUUACCAAGCUCAAGAAGGACUGCAAGGAAGUUUUCCCUAACGUCGAAUACGCUUACACCACCAUUCCUACCUACCCAUCUGGCCAAAUUGGAUUCAUGGUCUGCUGCAAGGACGCCAACCGCGAUCUCAGCAAGCCACUCCGCAAAUGGUCCCCAGAAGAGGAAGAGAAAUUGUGCCGUUACUACAACGCUGCUAUCCACGAGGCCAGCUUUGUUUUGCCAACUUUCGCCCGUGCUGCCUUGAAGACUGCUCUAAGAUAUCUACCCAAGCUCACCUCAGUACACACAAUUCCCUUUCCAAAGCAAGCUAUACGCAACAUGUCUCAAUUACUUAAGAAACCAGUCAAAAUCGCCUUGGUACAACUGGCUAGUGGCCCUGACAAAUCUCAGAAUCUUGCACAUGCCCGCGAAAAGGUUCUUGAAGCUGCAUCUGCCGGUGCAAAAAUUGUUGUACUCCCUGAGUGUUUUAACUCUCCCUACGGUACUCAAUAUUUCCCCAAAUAUGCGGAUACUCUCCUACCUUCUCCCCCCACUUCUGAACAAUCGCCCUCAUUCCACGCCCUCAGUGCGAUGGCCGCGGAGACAAAAACGUAUCUCGUAGGCGGUAGCAUUCCAGAAUACUCUCCCACCACCAAAAACCAUUACAAUACCUCGUUAACAUUCUCCCCAUCUGGUGAAUUGUUGGCUACCCAUCGAAAAGUUCAUCUCUUUGAUAUCGAUAUUCCCGGGAAGAUCACAUUCAGAGAAUCGGAGGUUCUUUCUCCAGGUAAUCAUGUUACUAUGAUUGAUCUGCCAGAAUACGGUAAGAUAGCAGUGGCCAUCUGCUAUGAUGUUCGAUUCCCAGAGUUAGCUAUGAUUGCUGCGCGGAAGGGAUGUUUUGCCUUGAUAUACCCUGGCGCGUUCAAUACUACAACAGGUCCUCUACAUUGGAGAUUGCAAGGGCAGGCAAGAGCUAUGGACAAUCAGAUAUAUGUGGCUUUGUGCAGCCCUGCUAGAGAUGAAACUGCCAGUUACCAUGCUUGGGGACACAGCUUGGUUGUUGAUCCAAUGGCACAGGUGCUUGUUGAAGCCGCCGAGAAAGAGGAAAUUGUUUAUGCUGAGUUGAAUGGAGAAAAGAUUGAAGAGACCAGAAAGGGAAUCCCGAUACAGACACAGAGAAGGUUUGAUAUAUACAAAGACGUCAGUGAAGACUUCAAGAAUGGAGAUGAAGAGUGA